GCGGCUCCCGCGAAAACAUAAAUUUUUGUUGCCGAAUUUUUGACAAUUUCGCCCCAAAAUCUAUCAACCAUCACUAAAAUGAGUUUAUGGGUUGACAAAUAUCGCCCUAAUAAUCUGGCAAAACUAGAUUAUCACAAAGAUCAAGCUGCCCUACUAAAGAAAUUGGUCCAUGGAGGUGAUUUUCCUCAUCUUUUGGUGUAUGGUCCGUCGGGCACUGGCAAGAAAACGAGAAUCAUGUGCAUCCUACGAGAGCUCUAUGGUGCUGGCGUUGAAAAAUUGCGUAUCGAACAUGCAAGCUUUGUCAAUCCGUCUAAAAAGAAGUUAGAGAUAUCAACCAUCGCCAGUAAUUAUCACAUUGAGGUUAAUCCGAGUGAUGUUGGUCACAAUGAUCGAGUGGUUAUCCAAGAAAUCAUCAAACAGGUGGCUCAGACUAAUCAACUCGAUUCAUCUUCACAGAGGGAGUUCAAAGUUGUGGUACUAACAGAAGUUGAUCACCUGACCAAGGAUGCGCAGCACGCAUUGCGUCGAACUAUGGAAAAAUACAUGGCUACUUGUCGCUUGAUCUUAUGCUGUAACUCAACCAGUAAAGUUAUUCCUGCUAUCCGUAGUCGCUGCUUAGGCAUUCGUGUCCCUGCUCCCAAAAUAGAAGAGAUUUGCCAAAUUCUUCAGAAUAUCUGUAAGAAGGAAAGUCUCAACCUACCUAUGGAUUUGGCAAAGAAGAUUGCCACCAAGAGCAAUCGAAACAUCCGUCGAGCUAUUCUGACGUGCGAAGCCUGUAAAGUCCAGCAAUAUCCAUUCAGUCCUGACCAAGAGGUGACGGAGCCAGAUUGGGAGGUCUUCCUCCGCGAGACUGCCAUCCAGAUUGUUCAAGAACAGAGUCCAAAACGCCUGUUUGAGGUUCGCGGGAGACUGUACGAGUUACUAACUCAUUGUAUACCUCCAGAUGUUAUAAUGAAGGGUCUCCUGAAUGAAUUGAUAAUAAACUGUGAUGGCCAGCUAAAAGCAGAUGUGACCCGGAUAGCUGCAUUUUAUGAACACAGACUUCAGCUGGGACAGAAAGCGAUCUUUCAUUUGGAGGCAUUCGUGGCCAAAUUCAUGUCCAUCUACAAACGAUUCUUAGAGGAGGAAUUGGCCGACUUUUUCUGAUGUGAUACUUGAGUGUUCAGAUGGAAACCUGGUGACCAGUUACGGAUUUUGAGGUCUUUCUAAGUUUUUAUGUAUUGUGUGCUGCAUACAAAUAGAAAAAAUGUCAGCCUCUGAAUUUUGCAGUUAUUCCAUGUUUGUGGAUCUCCUGCACACAUGUGUAUAUAACUCUAUGAAAACUUGUUUUGUAAAUAAACUGUA